AUGCAGUGUUACGUGCGCUUUCUUAUUCUCGAACUCAACCCACGAACUGAACUUUCCUCUGAAUUCAAUUCGAGAGUUCCCGUAAGCCUUCGCGGUAUACGCAACGGGUGUGAGUCUUGGUUUUCCCAGAAGUUCCCACUGUGGGAUACCAAUUAUACUCAUGGAAGCGCCGGUGUCCAGUUCAAAAUCAACGUUCGUACCGUCUACUUUUAUAGGUACCAUGCAUGCCGGAUAAAUGGCAUUAACCACAUUUUCCAUUUCCGCUAAAUUUACGAAAUCCACUGAUUCACUGUCGUAUUCUCGAUCAUUAGUGACAUAGUGUGAUUUUUUACUUUGGAAAUGUUUUCUUUUAUGGUUUCCUUGCAUUUUGGAACGUGAUUUACUAUGUUGACUGCUUGACUUUUUGUUUCUAUAGCAAUCUCUGGACAUAUGACCUAAUUUUCCACAUGUAAAACACUUCAUUUUAGCCUUAUCUUUGUAUUGGCCAUCUCGUCUUACCGGUUGACUAACCGUGAGAAGUGAAUGUUUUACUGUGGCAUUAUUUUUAGUCAUCUUUUGGCUCUCUUUUUUCGCGGCUGCUAACACAGCCACCUCUUCGAGUGCUUCCGGUCCCGUAAGCUUAACUUUGUUCAACAACUGCGCUCUGACCUUUUCCUCUCUCAACCCUCUUACGAAUAACAUUGUAACCAUCAUAUCUAAUAAAUUUGUUACUUUUGUCAAAUCUCGCAGUGGGUUGCGAUCUUUCUUAAUUCCGUAUAGAAUUCCUCUGCUGUUUGACCUUCUGUUUUGGACAAUGUUUAAUAACUUCACUCUUUCUGCCAGCGUCAAUUUCUUUGGCGUGUAACGCUUUCUGAGCAAAAUUAUCAACUCGUCGUACGACAGAUUUUCUAUAGGUUUAUCAGACAGGGAUUCUAUUUCUGCGUAAACUGUGACACCUAUUUCGCAUACUAAUAUGCACGCUUUUUCCGUAUCAACAGUUACUUUACGCAUCUUUAGAAAAUUGUUGUCACAGACCAGACGGAUGGCGGAGAUGGCGAAUUCAAGAAAACUUCCCGUCUGAUCGCAGGGGCGGUGAGUCUUGGAUUGGUUCUAGACGUCUUCAAAAUGACUCUAUAGUCAUUACGAUCAGUGACACGUGGUCUUCCAGUGCGUUGGCUCUUAGUAGAGCCAUCUUGAGCUUUUCAACGCUUUAGGAACUGAGAAACGCACGCCUCUGUCACGUCGAACAUUCCUGCCAACGUCAUCAUGGUCAGUCCAUUUUGACGACCCACAACGAUGGCUCAUUUGUCGUUAUCAGUCAAAUCCAACAUUUUGGAGUUAUAUGGGCAUUUUCUACUACAAUUUUGAAUUCGCGCGUAAAAAUUUCGUAUCUAACGAUAUACAAUGCGUUCAAAGGAUAGGACCCCCUCGAUUUUGGACUUUCUGGCGAAAUACGGAAAGAUAUCAAAAAUCUGUAAGUGCCAUUCAAUUCAGAGUAAAAAAUAACCCCCAGAGCCAAACUUUCAUUAUCCUAGCACUUUUUCUACGAAAAUGCCAUCGAAAAAAAGGUUUUUCGACCGUUCAAUAAGGAUAGGACCACCUGGAAAUUUUGACUUUCAUUGGUAUUUUUUGGUCGAUUUCUCUUUUUGAAAAGUGGUUUUUUUGUUUUCAUACCAUUUGUUUCCAAGUUUUCUACGGUUUUCUUUUCAUAUAUUCCAGGUUUAAAAAAUAUUUUUUUAUAGAAAAUAGGGAAAAAUGACGUUUUUUGAGUUUGCAUCAAAAUAUUUGAGCGAGUGAUUUUUUUCCAGUACUUUGAAUGAAAUCACCUUCAAAAACUCUUUGAGAAACGGUUACCUUCUUUCUCAAUAUUUAUGCAUUCAGACGUCCAUUGCGACCGCCAUCGCCAAAGCUCUCAGGAACGAGAACGUGCCGAGGGUUCAUGGCUCCCAAUUUCAACGUCAUAGAAACAUCGGACUGGUGAGCUUUUCACCUAGAAAGUAUUUCAAUAAAUUUUCAUAAUUUCAGGUAUUUUAGUUGAUAUGGUGAUUUGCCACUUGGAACAGUGAGUUUUUUUUUUUGCUUCGGCAUUAGAAAAACAGAGGUGAUUUAUAAACUUUAACCAAAAUUGAUAAAGGUUUGUCAAUAACUUUUUUCAGUCAUAAUGGUCAUAAUGGUGAUAUGCCACCUCAAAUGAGGCGGCCAGAAGUGGAAGAACGUGUCUUGCGGUGGGAUAAACUUCUCGCUCACCCCACCCGCUUUCGGAAAAUGCAACCAAUAGUGUGAACUUUUUUCUCUUCUUUGAGCCGUUUGAUCAAUUUUCAGCUACCGGAACCUUCUUAACGAUUAUACAACGGCUGUGGGCCUUCAGGAGAAGGAGCACAGAAGCAAACUCGGAGUCAGGACACCGAAAGAUUUCACUGCUUUUUGGCGUAAAAAUUCCAGUUAUUUUAAUUUUUUUAAACAAACAUCGAUUCAAGAUGUCCUACACGCUUAGUUCCGUAGAAAAAAAUGGGCGGAUUCGUUUUCGUGCAGCAAGGUAAUAUUAAAUAAAUUUUUUUGUCAAACUUAGGAGAAAAAAACAGACGAAAAAUUUAUUUUUUUAUAAUUUUAGUAAGGUUACUCGGGAUGGUGAUAACUCACCUUGAAUGGCAUUCGAGAAGAUAAGAAAGGUAAAAUUAAAAAGUUCCUCAAUAUUCAAAAAAGACACUUUGAAAAAUAACUUUUACAGACAUGUUGGACAAGAUGGUGAUGUUUCUUAUUGAAUAAGGCCGGAAAAUAGAAGUCUAUCUCCGCGGGGAACUUGGAUCACAAAAGAAAUACAGGUUUAAUUGAUUUUAAUAUCAGAUGAGACUGUAGAACUGAAUGAGACUCAUUAGAAAAGGACAAAUAUUGUUGCACCGAAAGAUUUUUAGGAGGAAAAAGUAAGAAAUUUGAAUGAUUGGUUUUUUUCCGCAGAACAAAUUUAGUUUUCCAUUCUUCUGGAAGUUUGAUGUUCUCUAAACUCCUCUCUGAAAAAAUUAUUGCAGCACGAUCAGUGUCAUCGGCUGGAACUGCGCACUUCUCGAAGGAUUCCUAAAGGUUCCGCUGGUUGA